UCUUGUCACGUUUAGCCAUGAGCACGUCCACGUGCAGACUAAUAUUUUCUGCAAGAACAACGAAUACCAUGGAAGUUGCACGAUUAUUUAAUAACGCGAUAGAUAAAAAUAAUGGCAAGCGGUCGAUCAGUGGAUUACUUCUCAUUUAUACUGAUUUCAUAAUUCAUUUAAUCGAGGGUACAGAGGAUGACGUACUUCGACUGUGUCACGAUGCGUUCGCUAUCGAUUCAACGGCAAUGACAAACGUUAAAUGUUUAUACCUUCAGAGUGACGCGAAGAAAAGAUUCUUUGAAAAAUGGUGUUGGAAAAGAAUGAACGAUGAUGUUUUAAACGAUGACGCGUCAACGAAACUUGAGGACAAUUUCGAAAACGCUACCGUCGCGUUUAAAACGAUGAUUUUGAAUUUAUGUAAAUUGUACGCGGAACUGUCCACUAUACAGCGAUCGAUGAAUCAUGAUAAUUUUACUGAACACUUGGAUCUUGUAAUCGUUAAAGGAAAUCCGAAUGUUCCAUCGAAAAGAGACGUGGAAUUUGUACUUGAAAGUCGUUGGGGCUACGAUUUGGUAACGUUAGUAAAUCAUUAUCACAAUUUAAACUGUGCCUCCAAUUUUGAUGAUUACUCGCUGGCAUCUGAAGUUCUGCAAGAUAUUCAUCGUAAAAUUACAUCGCGAGUAACAUUCCAAAAUGAUCGUUAUUAAGCGCAAAAUGUGCUUGUUGAACAAUAAAGUACACUGUAGUAUCCACAUA